AUGGACCACAAGAAUAGCUGCACUGGGAUGGACCAAUGGUCCAUGAAGACAAUUAUCCAGCAUCCAACACUGGUUAAUAAUAAUCCAGGGAAAACGAUAACAGUGCUGGCGGCGGCCGCGCGCCCGGCCCGGUGCCGGGCCCGGUGCCGCCCGCGGCCCAUCGCGCUGCCCCGCUCCCUUGCAGCCCAGCAYCAGCAUGUGGAGUUCGACUUCCUCGUGCGCGGGCAGUUCCUGCGCCUGCCGCUGGCCACGCACAUGGAGGCCGAGAACAUCCCCACGGAAGAAGUGGUGGAAAUCGAGUACGUGGAGAAGUACGUGGCGCCCCAGCCGCAGGAGUGCAUCUUGCACGACGACUGGAUCAGCGCCGUGCAGGCCGCYGAGGAAUGGAUAUUAACUGGCUCCUAUGACCAGACUGCCCGAAUCUGGUCUUUGGAAGGAAAAUCCAUUAUGACAAUAGCUGGGCACACAGAAGUAGUGAAGGACGUGGCAUGGAUAAAACAAGACAGCUUGUCGUGCCUGUUACUCAGUGCGUCCAUGGACCAAACUGUCCUGCUGUGGGAGUGGAACGUGGAGAGGAACAAGGUGAAGGCCCUGCACUGCUGCCGGGGCCACGCCGGCAGYGUGGACACCAUUGCAGUUGACAGCACAAGAACUAAAUUCUGCAGUGGAUCUUGGGAUAAGAUGUUAAAGAUCUGGUCUGCAGUACCUACAGAUGAAGAGGAUGAAAUGGAAGAGGCAGCUAACAGACCACGGAAAAAGCAGAAAACUGAACAGUUGGGACUCACAAGGACCCCCCUCACCACCCUGUCUGGCCACACAGAAGCCAUCUCUUCUGUGCUGUGGUCAGAUGCUGAAGAAAUCUGCAGCGCAUCCUGGGACCACACCAUCAAACUGUGGGAUGCCGAGACAGGAGGUCUCAAAUCAACUUUGACAGGAAACAAGGUGUUUAAUUCUAUCUCCUACUCACCGCUGUGUCGCCGCUUAGCAUCUGGGAGCACCGACAGACACAUUCGACUGUGGGACCCUCGCAGCAAAGAUGGCUCCUUGGUUCUCCUGUCCCUGACUUCUCACACAGGCUGGGUGACAGCUGUGAAGUGGUCCCCCACCCAUGAGCAUCAACUGAUUUCAGGUUCUCUGGACAACAUUGUGAAGCUUUGGGACACAAGGAGUUGCAAAGCUCCGCUGUAUGACUUGGCUGCCCAUGAAGACAAGGUUUUGUGUGUGGACUGGACAGAAGCAGGGUUGCUCCUGAGUGGUGGCGCAGACAACAAACUGUACUGCUACAAAUACCCAGCCGUAACCUCGGAUGUUGGAGCAUGAAGGUCAACAGCCACAAGAUUUCUGUGGCAAAAUAYAUUUUGCAGCAGUCCCUCUUUGUUGGCAUCCCUCUACAACCGCCAUCUGAAGACAACAGUUUCUUGUAGCAGAGAACUUUUUUUUUUGUAUUAGUAACCUCUAUCCAUCUUUAUAAAAGGGAGGAAGGGCAACAAGCAGCUUUGAACAGGGUUUGUGUGAAAUAAGAAUCAAAGGAUGUUCCCUCUCUUUUUGAUGAGAGAACAUGGCAUUGAAUUAACAUCUUUUCUCUUGUAAGAAGACUGUACAAUACCUACUGCAAUGUAUUAGCAGUCAGCUGUUUCUGAUACUUGCAGAAAAAUUACUCACUGGACUAAAUUAUUUUUUAAGUUUACCCCUUUUUCCUUAAAA